ACUAAAGAAUUUUAUUUCAGUAUAAUAGGAUUUUGUAAAUUUCGAGGGCUAGCAUAGUUUUUUUUAGUUUAUUUGCAACUCUGGAACUUCAAUUUUAGGAAUAAGCUUACAAACUCAGCAAAAUGGCGACUCUUGUGGAAAUCUUGGAUAAGACUGUGUCACCGGACCCAAAUGAUAUUAAGCAGGCACAGGGAUUUCUGGAACAAGCCGCACAAAGCAGUCUUGCGGAAUUUCUGGUCAGCUUAUGUCAAGUUUUGGCAAACCCUGGAAACAGCCAAGUUUCGAGGAUGGCUGCUGGUCUGCAGAUAAAAAAUUAUACAACUUCAAAAGACCAAACUGCCAGGCUCGAUAAUCAGAAACGUUGGCUGUCUCUAAAUGAAGCAGCUCGAUCAGAAGUUAAAAAACUGGUUCUUCAAGCAUUGGGCACAGAAACUAACAGACCUUCAUCAGCGGCACAAGUAAUUGCAUCAAUCGCAUGUGCUGAAAUACCUUUAGAUGGAUGGAAAGAGCUUAUUCCUCAACUUGUGCAAAGUGUGACUGCAGAAACAAGCACUGAACAUUUGAAGGAGGGAGCACUGGAGGCUAUCGGAUACAUUUGUGCAGAUAUGGAUCCACAACACCUUCUUACUCAUGCAAACGGCAUCCUGACUGCAAUUGUUCAAGGAAUGAGAAAACAAGAACCAAGUUUUCAUGUCAAACUAGCAGCUACCAAUGCAAUGCUCAAUUCGUUGGAAUUUACCAGAGGAAAUUUUGAAAAAGAAUCUGAGAGGCAUUUUAUCAUGCAGGUCAUCUGCGAGGCAACUCAAGUUGAGGAUUCCAAAACUGGAACUAAUUCAAUUCGUGUUGCUGCUUUACAAUGUUUGGUUAAGAUCAUGUCUCUAUAUUACCAAUAUAUGGAAGCUUACAUGGGCCCUGCUUUGUUUGCAAUUUCUGUCGAAGCAAUGAAAUCAGCUGAUGACAAUGUUUGUUUACAAGGGAUUGAGUUUUGGUCGAAUGUCUGUGACGAGGAAUCUGACUUAUCCAUUGAAAUGGCAGAAGCUGAUGAAAUGGGACGAGCACCAGAAAGAACGAGUAAAUUUUAUGCAAAAGGAGCUCUUCAGUAUCUUGUACCAAUUUUGACUCAAAUCUUGACAAGACAGGAUGUAAUGGACGACGAGGAUGAAUGGAAUCCAUCAAAAGCAGCAGGUGUCUGUUUAAUGCUUCUUGCUACAUGCUGUGAGAAUGAUAUCGUGCCUCAUGUUGUACCUUUUUUGGAGGAAAAUAUCAACAGCCCGGACUGGAGAUACAGAGAUGCCGCUGUUAUGACUCUGGGUUCCAUUUUGGAAGGACCGUCACCUGACCAACUGGCUCCAAUCUUAGAGCAAGGAAUGCCAACUUUCUUUACGUUAUUGAAAGAUGAAAGUGUUGUGGUUCGGGAUACAACUGCUUGGGCUAUAGGAAGAAUCUGUGAUCUGAUUCCUGAUGCUGUUAUCAACGAGAAAUACCUGAUGCCCUUACUUACUGCAAUGGUUGAAAGCUUGACUGCGGAACCAAGAGUGGCAACCAAUGUUUGCUGGGCAUUUUCAUCACUUGCCGAGGCUGCAUAUGAAAACGCUUGUAACGAAGCGUCUGGUGAAGAUCCGGAGACAUAUCCAAUGUCUAUGGUUUACGAGAACAUCAUCGAGAAACUUUUGAAUACAACAGACAGACAAGACGGACACCAGAACAAUCUGAGAAGCUCUGCAUACGAAGCUAUUAUGGAAAUGAUCAAAAACAGUCCACAGGACUGUUACGAUACUGUUUUGAAAACUACAAACGUCAUCAUGGACAGGAUCAACCAACUUCUAAUGAUGGAGUCCCAGAUUCAUUCAAGCAGCGACCGAUCACAAUAUAACGAUCUUCAAUCGCUGCUAUGUGCAACACUACAGAGCGUUCUUCAGAAAGUGAAGCCGGAGCAUGUUGCUUCUAUUGCAGACAAUGUUAUGGGUUCCUUGCUGAGAAUGUUGGGAUCUGGAUCAGGCGGAGUUCAAGAGGAUACCAUGAUGGCUGUUGGAACUUUUGUGGAAGUUGUUGGAGACAAAUUCGUCAAUUAUCUACCGGCAUUCAAAGAUUACUUGUUCUCUGCUCUGAGAAAUCCUACCGAAUAUCAGGUUUGCAUUGUUGCAGUCGGUGUAGUCGGCGACAUUUGUCGUUCCAUCGGGGCUCAAGUCCUACAAUAUUGUGACCAAAUUAUGACCCACCUUCUCGAUGAUUUAUCUGACCCAACUGUCCAUCGAACCGUGAAACCCCAUAUCCUGUCGGUGUUUGGUGACAUUGCACUCGCUAUCGGAGCAGAAUUCAAGAAAUAUUUGGAAGUCGUAUUACAGACUUUGCAACAAGCAGCUCAAGCCAGAGUGGAUACAAGUGAUUAUGACAUGGUAGAUUACUUGAAUGAACUCAGAGAAGGAUGUCUUGAAUCAUAUACUGGCAUUAUCCAAGGAUUGAAAGGAGAUCAAAAAGACCCACAUCCUGAUGUAUUACUAGUCAAGGACCACAUCAUGUUCAUUCUGACUUUCGUUGAAGACAUUGCCAACGAUGAGGACCAUAGUGAUGGAGUCGUUGCUGCAUCAAGCGGACUUCUUGGUGAUUUAUGUACCGCUUUUGGUGGUCAGUUCGGUAAUCAUCUCUUGAAACUUAUCGAUUCGAAACCCAAGAUUCUCGAGAUGUUAACUGAAGGAAGGAGAUCCAAGACAAGCAAAACAAAAAGCCUGGCUGUUUGGACCACGAAAGAACUCAGAAAACUUCGAAACAAGGCGUGACAUGUCAAUCCGAGGCACGACCUCGGCAAUGUCAACAAUAAAUUUUGAUAAUGCGAGAGAGAUUGUGUGAAGUCUUUUGUAUGCUUUGUUCCUGAAUCUCGUUUCUCUAUCUCUCUACAAAUCCCUUUACGGAUAUCUUCGAAUGACUGCCCGUUACGACAGAUGAUGAUCGAUGAGUGUGCAAUGUGAUCGAGUGCGAGUGAGUGCUCCUGAAUAUCCCUCAAAGAGCGAUAGAACAUUGUGAUACAAACGACCAACGCUGGUCUUCUGAUUAUUGCGCAAUAUUCCAUAUAUGCUGUCCUAAAAUAAGCUUCUUCAAACUAUACAAGACAUUCUGCUAAAAUUAAUAAAUUACCGUUAAAUAACUGUAUUACGGCUUCUUUUCUGAUCCCGAAAGCCUAAUAAGGAAAAAUAAGACUUAAGUCAUGAGUUUUAUUAUAUUAUUCGAUACAGCUCUAUAUUCCAAGUUGAAUGACCAAAACUAUUCCAUAUAUUGAUACUUAUUUUUCGAAUAGUUUUUAAUUCAAUCAAACUCAAAGUUUCAUGUUCUUACCAGCGAUGAAUUUAUGCCCAUGUUCAGUUAAUUCUUCCCAAUGUUCCUGUGUGCAUGCUGUGCCUUUUUAUUAUUUGCGAUUUGAUCAAACAUGAAAUGUAAAUUUGUGUCGUGAUCAGUAUUUAAAGAUGAACAUAUGAGACAAAUAUUUAACAAAAAAGAAUUCGGUUGUAUUUUUUUAUCGUUUACAGCACCAUGAUAUGGAAUUUUGACUUGUAAAAUUCUGGCUAUUUCUAAUUCUAUAUGUAAUUCUUAAAAUCAACCGUUUCGUAUUCUGCCAUCAAUGCAUUUUUGCCAAGCCUAAAUGAGGUAAAAAGUAUUUCUUCUAAUAGAGCAAUAGAUAUCCUACAAUCUGUAUUUUUCAUCUUUGCCUACUUGAUUGCGACACACUGGUAUAUUUCUGUGACUGAUUUGAGACACUGUUGCCUGAUGUUUGACUGUUAUUUUUUGCUUCGAUUUGAAAAUGUGCUAAAAACCUACUCUUUUGCUAGAAUUUUUUCUAGUUUAAGAUGAGCAAAAUGUUUUGGUUGAACUGUUAUAAAAUUUCUUGUGCUUUUUAAACAAAAUCUUAUUUUGCAAGUCUCCAUAUUUACCCGUCUACUUGUAAAAAUUGAUUCUGUUUCAUUUACUAAACUACGCCCUUCAAUCUGUCACAUAAUAAUACAUUGUGUUCAUAUGGACAUAAUGUUGUUUAUAUGAUGAAUUGAUGACCGAUUGGUACUGUAGGUUUGAGUUGAUCAUUAUUUAUCAUUAAUAAAUAGUUAGCCUUUGAA